UUUAUGGAAGAACAUAGAAAAAGGAAGCGCUCUGUUGGCGAUGUUUUGCCCUGACAGGAAACUGAACAGCUAGAACCUUAAGCAUGACCCACAAUGACUAUACUGCAGCCAAGUAUAGAGCCCCCGUUGCUGUGUACUGUGGCAGCGUUCCCAAGAUGAAACCAGGAUACGCGUCUCUACGCAAUGGGGGUGUGGACUCGAACCUGCAGCUAUUCGGGAAUCACUGGGGUGGAGCUGACACAGCUGCUCUUCAGUCGUCCUUGAGCCUCCAGAUGAAGAGGUCUUACUUGUGGGGUGGAGAUGACCGUGAUCUUCAGGCGGAAAUCCUGCCCCCACCGCUGGACUUGGAGGGUAAAAAUGACCCCGUCUUUAGGAACACAAGGGAUGAGGAGGUGGACAGUGCGGCCCUGGAGACUGCCCGGCUGAAGGACAAGCUGAAACGGAAGAUGUCCGAAAGCUCCAGUGCCAGAGGAGCACCAACUGAGAUCAUGAACUCUCAGAACAUGCCUCUCAAACCCGCCGUUCCAAGAAGCGCAUCACAGAGGUUAAUGACCGCCACAAAGCCUGUACCUCCCAUCCAGAAGAGUCCAACACCCCACCCUGGGGCCCAAGAAGAGAAAGACAUGUCAAGGAAUGGACGUGAGAAUGGGGACCACAUGGAAAAACAGAUAGAGAAAACAUCAGCUGUUGCAGAGAAUUCCCUGCAGUAUGUGCGCUCCAGCGCAGAGAGGAAACGGAAAUCUCUUGGUGGGGUAGUUAUACCGCCCAUCCCGAAAUCAUCCAACUUUCCAGCAGAUCAGAAUCACAAUGAUAGCGCACAGAUGACUAGAAAUUCACCGGUGCCCAGGAACGAGGCCACGCAGAGAAGUUUUGCCUCGGAGUUUGAAACCUACAGGAUAUCUGAUGCGGAUCAUGGUGAAAACCAUCAUAUAACUGCAAAUUUUUGGGAUCCAAUCCCAUCCAAACCUAUCUUACCAACUCCAUCCACCGAUGCCACACAGCUGCCGCAGCUUCUCCAGGACGAAGAGGGGAAGGAAAACUAUGCACGGGUCAGUGUCUCAAUAUCAAAGUCUGCACAAGACAAGAUGCGACAGAAGCAGCAAGAAAUAGAGAAUAUCCGAAACGAGAAGAGGCGGAGCCAGCAGCAGUUGUGGGAGGGGCUUCAAGGAGUGGACACGGGAGAACCAAUGUCAGUUACCUCCUUCAGCCUAAAUGGACUGAACACAGUUCCCAUCAGCGUGGACAAGAGAAGAGGAGGGACCAAUAUAAACCUGAACAAGUGGGUCAGCCGGCCGUCCCUGCCCAGCAUCCCAACCGUAAACCCAGAACCCCCCUUGAGUGACUUCCGCCAUUCAUCAGCGUACUCCUUGCCGGCCUCUUUUCUGGACCUGACAGAGUGGGAUUCUGACUCCGAGAGUGGCGGUCCCAGUUCUGGUCCAAUGUCCCACCCGGAACAAGGCACGAUUGAAGCUCUUAAGUGGCUGAAUCACAAGGACUGGGAGCAGAAGGAGAAGGGUCUUCUCAGUGUGCGGUGCCUGGCGUCCUGGCAUCCCGAGGUUCUCAGCUCCAGAAUCCACGAUAUCUGUUUUGCUGUUACCAGAGAGGUCAGCAAUCUGCGCUCUAAGGUCUCCCGUCACGCCAUCAAGACCAUCAGCGACCUGUUCAAGUAUCUCCGCAGAAACAUGGACCAGGAAGUGGAUGAAAUCACCCGGGUUUUGCUGAACAAGAUCGGAGACUCCAACGAUUUCAUCAGAGAGGAAGCCGACAAAUCUCUUGGACUGAUGGUGGAAAAUGUGAGCCCCUCUAAGACGCUCUCGGCACUGAUUGCUGGAGGUGUGAGCCAUCGGAACAGCUCGGUGAGGAAAUGCACGGCAAAGCAUCUGCUUAGGGUAGUGGAGCUUCUGGGGUCAGAUAAACUUCUGUGUGGAUCCAGAGAAAGCAUGGACACCUUCCUCCGCACCAUCGUCAAACUGGUCCAAGAUGUACAGCAAGACACCAGGUUUUAUGGACGUCGCAUGUUCAGUCUGAUCAUGACUCAUCCCAAGUUUGAAGUGCAGAUGGAACGUUUGAUCCCAUCACAUGACCUCCGAGACCUCAUCGCCACUGUGAAGCAGAAAGAGCUAAGUGACAGCGUCUCAGAGGUCCCAUCUGCUAGGAGCCAGCGUCCUCUACAGAAGAAUAGCGCCGUAGUGACUGCCCAGGACGUUCAACAAACAGAGCAAAGCAUUAGCCGACCUGCAGAAAGAGAACCAGAACCUCAAGAAUCCCCGGUCCCGCGGAGGCAGCCUGUCCGCGCAGCGGAGGUGACGGAACAACUGAAAGAGCUCAACAAACUACUCACCGCCAAGGAGUAUCAGAACAAGAUGGACGGUGUGACGCUUCUUCUGGAGCACUGCAAGAACAACGUGAAGUUUGUCACCUCCAACAUCACUCCAAUAUUUGAUGCCUUUAACCCGAGGAUGCAGGACGCCAACAAGAAGGUCAAUCAGUACGCACUGGAGUCCGCGGUGGUCAUGAUCCCCAUUCUGAAGGACAGUCUGCACCAUUCGUUAGUCCCUAUGGUGACCGUCAUCACAGACAACCUUAACUCCAAGCACACUGGUAUCUACACGUCCGCAGUGACUGUCCUAGACACGCUCAUGUCAAAUAUAGACAAUCUGUGGCUCCUGCAACCGUUUGCCAGCCGUGUCCGGUUCCUCAGUGGCCGCGCCAUGAGUGAUGUGACUGAGCGAUUGUCAGGUCUCGUAUCCUCCGUCUACCCCAGGAAGCCGCAGGCCGUGGAACGCCACGUUCUGCCCGUGCUGUGGUUCUUCCUGAGCAACAUAACCGGCAACGGAGUGCUGCCAGGCCGCAACGGCAACUUCAAGGAGGUCGUCACCAAACUUACAAAAAACCUGCACCGAGCGAUGGGCCCGAGCCUGGUGGAGUACGCCUCCGGACAGUCCCAACACGCCAUUAAAAUGCUGUCUGACAUUCUUGGCACGACUAAAUAGAUAUUAUCCUG